AUGCCGCCGCCGACUGCUCCUGCUGGUGCCGCGAGCAUCAGCUUCGGCGAUGACGAUGUCAAGAAGCGCGUCGGAAAGAAGCUCCAGAAGAAGCGCCACGAGCCUAACACCCCGACCAUGGAACUGCCCGAGCGCUUGAAGGAGGGCGACGACGCCGGUGAAGAGGAUCUGGUUCCAACGCAAGGCCCGCCGAUGUUCAUGAAUAUGAACCAGUCCAUCUUCGGCCUGAUUGCCGCCGCCGGUUCCCGCGUCGACUUCCACGAUCGCUUCGAGUCCAGCGACGAAGAGGACGGCGACGACGAUGACGACGCCCGCGCCGAGGACGAUAGACACCUGGGCCACGGCCUUUUUCUGCACCGCAAGCAGCGCCGCCGCAACGACGAGCCCGACGUCGCAAAGACGACCGUCCUGAAGAAGGACUCCUCCAGCAAAUCCGAGAAGCACAAGCGCAAGAUCUCCGGCCACAAGCUCCUCCGAUCCCUCCCCGCGCUGCCCCGUCUACCGCGACACAAGUCCAAGAAGGAGCCUUCCAAGCUGGAACCUCCUUCCGAAGAAGCUAGCGACUCCGAGCACUUCCCGCCCCAGCCGGCCGAUGAUACAAUAGACGAUGACGAGGGUGGUCACCGGCUGGCUCCUGUCAUGAGUCGCAUGCUCGAGGCCAAGGCUGAGAUGUCCAUGCGACCCAGCUUCGAUGUCGAGCGCCGUUCCACCGACCAGCUCACAUACAGCGACUCUGUCGAUAGCAGCGGCACUGCGCUGGCCCGGCGUCUCCAGGACAUCUUCGAGUUCGACCACCCCGAAGCUGUUAUCGAAGAAUAUCCUUGUUGGUUGCUCCAAAGCGUGCUCCUUCAGGGCUACAUGUACAUUACGGCGAAGCACAUUUGCUUCUACGCUUACCUUCCCAAAAAGGCGCACGAGGUCGUCAAAUCGGGCUAUUUAUCCAAGAGCGGCAAGCGCAACCCCAAGUACAACCGAUACUGGUUCCGGUUGAAAGGAGACGUUUUGGCAUACUACAAGGAUCCCUCAAACCUCUACUUUCCUCACGGACAGAUCGACCUUCGCUACGGCAUCUCAGCUAGCGUGACGGACAAGAAGGACGGCCUGAACUUCACCGUCGUCACUCACCACAGAACAUACUACUUCAGAGCAGACAGCGCGCCAAGCGCAAAGGAAUGGGUCAAGAGCCUCCAAAGGGUCAUCUUCCGCUCGCACAACGAGGGCGACAGCGUCAAGAUUUCGCUCCCUAUCGAGAAUGUCAUCGAUAUCGAGGAUACCCAGAUGCUCGAGUUCGCAGAUACUUGCAAGAUCCGCGUCAUUGACAACGACGAGACAUACGCCAUCGACGAAUACUUCUUCUCUUUCUUCAGCUUCGGCAAGGACGCUAUCAGUGUUCUCAAGAUCCUUAUUGAAGAUGCUUCUUCCAACGCGAAGGACGCCGCCCGGCUCAAGGCUGCCCAGGAGGAGGAAAAGCAACAGCCAGCGCCUUCUGCCAGGAGCUCCAUGAGCGGAAGCAGGCGCGCUGCCGCACCGCUCAGGUUGAAGACCUCCAAGCUCCCGGAGGCCGUCAAGGCGACCCUUUCCCCUUUGUCUACUCACAGCCCGUCUGCUCUGAGCCCGCGUGCCAGUAUAGAUGCGGCGCGUGCCAGCUUCGACGCGUUCAAGGGUUUCCGUCGUAGGAGCUUGGAUUUGUCGACUAUCAUUCGCGACUCCUCUCCUCGAAGGAGCUUCACCGGCAAUCGUCGCUCGAUGAGCCGGAACCGCCUGGACGAAAAACGCCCUGCGCCUCACAAGCAAGGCUCGACAGACUCCUACGUUCAAUCGUCAAUGGAGGACCCUAGUUUCUCGGGCAUGGUUGCAUCGUCAAACGAAGACCCCUCCGCGAGCCAAAUUCUGCGAGGCAGCGACGUCUUCCAGAACCCAACUAUGCGCAGAUCUGCUUCUGCUUCCCGCACGGAGCUUGACAAGCAGCAGCGUCGCGAUCCCAGGAGCCCACCCGCACUUGCUGCAUACAGCGGGCAACAUGCGGCCACUACCGGAUCUAUCAACGACGGCGACAAGCCGCCUGCUACCCCGACUUUGCAGAGCAUCACAAAGAUGGGCGCGUUCCCUCUGCAGCGCGUCGGAGCCUUUGCUGAGUAUCUUAACAGCACGAGCAGUAAGUUGGGCUCGAUGCUCGCCACCGAAUCUAUGGGCUACGUGGAGAAGGUUUCUGGAAUGUGGCGUGGUGGCCGCAAGCACUACGACGCCCCCCCUGAGAUCAAGACGGAUGACGAGGAUCUGUAUGAGGAUGCGGAGGGCAAAAUCCAGACGUCUAUGGACCGCUUCCGCGCCCACUUCGCUCUGCCUGAGACGGAGAAGCUCCAGGCAACCUACUUUGGCUACAUCUUGCGCGUCUUGCCUCUCUACGGAAAGAUUUAUAUUAGUGACAAGUCGUUCUGCUUCAGAAGCUUGCUGCCUGGCACCCGGACGAAGUUGAUCCUGCCCCUGAAGGACAUCGAGAACGUGGACAAGGAGAAGGGCUUCCGGUUUGGCUAUUCUGGCUUGGUCGUCGUCAUUCGUGGCCAUGAAGAAGUCUUCUUCGAAUUUGGCCAGGCUGAAAUCAGAGAUGACUGUGCUGUCACCUUGUUGCAAAGUCUGGAAACUACUCGCUACCUGAGAGAGACGGGAGACUUGGACAUGGAAGAGAAGGAGGACGAAGAGAACGCCAUGGCCGAGCGCGAUGCUUUGAAGGAGGCUCGCCAAGUCGAAGAGUUCCACGACCACGAACUGCGCUUACCGAAGCAGAGCUCCAACGUCAGCGACGCCCCGACGAUUCUCUUCGACGACCCCAAGGCCUCAUUCCUCAACUUCAAGCCUUCUCACCCACUCAAGAUCACUUGCUUGACAAUAGGCUCUAGAGGCGACGUGCAGCCGUACAUUGCUCUUUGCAAAGGUUUACUCGCGGAAGGACACAAACCUCGUAUCGCAACACAUGCCGAAUUCCAGGGCUGGAUCGAGGGUCACGGUAUCGAGUUUGCCAAGGUCGAGGGAGACCCAGGUGAGCUUAUGAGACUUUGCAUCGAGAACGGAACUUUUACCUGGGCCUUCUUGAAAGAGGCAAACUCCAUGUUCCGGGGCUGGCUGGACGAGUUGCUGGUAUCGGCCUGGGAAGCGUGCCAGGGCUCCGACCUCCUCAUCGAGAGCCCCAGCGCCAUGGCGGGCAUUCACAUUGCUGAAAAGCUCUCCAUUCCCUACUUCCGAGCUUUCACCAUGCCGUGGACGCGCACCAGAGCCUACCCUCAUGCGUUCGUUAUGCCCGAAUACAAGAUGGGUGGUGCGUACAACUACAUGACGUACGUCAUGUUUGACAACAUUUUCUGGAAGGCGACGGCCCAUCAGGUCAACCGGUGGCGCAACAACACGUUGAAGUUGCCUAACACGAACUUGGAGAAGAUGCAGCCUAACAAGGUGCCUUUCCUCUACAACUUCUCCGAAUAUGUCGUCGCGCCGCCUCUGGACUUUUCGGACUGGAUCCGUGUCACGGGAUACUGGUUCUUGGAUGAGGGUUCUGACUGGCAGCCACCGCAAGAGCUCACCGACUUCAUCGCCAAGGCCCGGGCGGAUGAGAAGAAGCUCGUCUACGUUGGGUUCGGUUCCAUAAUUGUGAACGAUACAGCCAAGAUGACGCAAGAGGUAAUCGAUGCUGUUUUGAAGGCAGACGUGCGAUGCAUUCUGUCCAAGGGCUGGUCGGACCGCAUCAAGCAAGCCGGUGACACUGGCCCUACGAAGGAAGAGCCCGUCAUGCCGCCCGAGAUCCAUGUGAUCAAGAGCGCGCCUCACGACUGGCUCUUCUCUCAGAUUGACGCCGCUGCCCAUCACGGCGGGUCUGGCACCACCGGCGCGAGCUUGCGAGCUGGUAUUCCCACCAUCAUCCGCCCCUUCUUUGGCGACCAGUUCUUCUUCGGCAGCAGAGUCGAGGAUAUCGGUGUCGGCAUCUGCUUGAAGAAGUGGGGCGCCAUCUCUUUCGCGCGCGCGCUUUGGGAGGCAACGCAUAACGACCGGAUGAUUGUCAAGGCCCGCGUGCUCGGCGAGCAGAUUCGCAGCGAAAACGGCGUCGAGACUGCCAUCCAGUGUAUAUACCGCGACAUGGAGUACGCGAAGAGCCUCAUCAAGCGCAAGGCGGUCAAGAAUGGCCACGUCGAACCUGAUGACGACGAAGAGUCGGCCGAAGAAAGCUGGACCUUCGUAGGGAAGGACGAACCGGACCCGGAGAUGACGACGAAGAAGCUUUCGGAUAUGGGAGCGGUGUCUGGAGCGACGGACAUGAAGCCGCUGGGCACUAGAGUUCUGCGGUCGCCUUCCUCGCUGCCGGUCGCCUAG